UGGUAUAUCCAGAAACAUUGCAGAACCAGAUUUUUUUUUUUUUUGUGCAAGAGCUCUCUUGUCAAUUUCAUCUCGCAAAUGUCCUUGUGUGCACACAUCUCCCUGUUCUCCUGCUCCCUUCUGGGCCUCCUAUCUCUCUCUAUAUCAUCAUAUAUUCCUGACUCCAACCCACUCCUGCUCUUCAAUGAUCAAGUCAGAGAAAGACAUCUCUACACAGGUAUUAUGCUCACUUCUCUUCUGUCUUAUGCUCAUUCACUUAAAAAAAAAAACAUAUUUCAGGUGUGUACUUAUCGAUCCUUCGGUUUAUGCUCGAGGUCGUUGUUGUUGUCAUGUUUACAUGUAAUGUCUCCCCCCCCAGAUAAUCAAAGAAAAGAACUGUUUCUGGAGAUGACCCCAGAUGGAAAAGUGACAGGAAGCCCUGGUCAGACCUCUUACAGUGUGUUGGAGAUGAGGUCAGUUCGAGAAGGUGAGACAGUUAUCAAGGGUGUGUCCUCAUCCCUUUUCCUCUGUGUGGACAGCAUUGGCCAGUUGAGGGGACAGAGCCACUACACAGAGGCUGACUGCACCUUCAGAGAGCUGCUGCUAGCUGAUGGAUACUCUCGUUUCUUCUCUUCACAUCACAAACUUUAUGUGUCCCUCACCUCAAAAGGCUCCACACCGCAACAUGGGCUCCCGUUCCAUCGGUUCCUACCCCUGAGAAACAUUUUGGUAUCUAGAAGUAUGACGAAUACAGCUGAAAAUCAACAACAGAGUCAGCAACAGCUUGACCUGGACUCAGAUAACCCUUUCGGCAGGGGUCUCACUGGUGUUGUCAGUCCACAGUUCUCCAGGGAUAAGUGAAGUUGAAAAUUGAUUUUUUUGAUGGAAGUAUACAAUGAACCGAGUAUAUUUAUUUACAGGUAUACUGGAUUGUAUAACCAUGUUAAUUCCGAAAGUGGUUUUUUUUCCCACUUGUAGUAGAAACACUGUUACUUUUAUUGGCCCGUGGCAAAUGUUUUGGUUCGAAGAGUUCAGUAAGUAGAUGGUGAACUUUAGUUCCAUAACUCUAUGAUGGGACUGACUGGUGUGUAUAUGGUCUCACUUUGAAUGUCAUGUUGAAUAUGUUAUAUGCAGUAUAUUUCUCUCUAGUGUUUUGAAUUCAAGUUUGAAUCAUUGUACUGUAGCUAUAAUUUGUUUGCGUUAUUUAUAUUUUUAAACCUUUUGAAGCCUAAAUGCAACCUACUCUCAGAUCAUUUCGCAUUAAUCUGUAUGUAAAUCCAAGACACACUUUUUAUUAUGAUCUGUUACAUUUCGUAUGAAUGUAGUACUUUGUGGAGGUCCAGCAUCCAUUUCAUAUUAUAUGUUACAAAUGACAAUUUGUAUGAUAUGAUACUAAUUUGCAAACGUACAAUAUGUAACGCUUUUGCAAAAAUGUAUGAUAUGUUAUCAAUUCCAAUU